GGGAUCCCUUUUAGCAGCAUGAGAGAAGAAGAAAGCGACCACAGCGGUGCAACUCGCAAUGCUGCGCCUCUGCGCAUAUCCACACACUCACUCACUCACACACAUACUCACACCAAGAGAGAAACACAGCUGCUGCAAAAGCUGCACUGACAGCAGGUUGUAAACUGCGAUCAAACAGUUGGAUGUGGACUCUUUAAUGGGCUGUUUUCUCUGUGAAUGGGGAUGUUUUUUUGCAGGGGAUUUUUCUCUCUGGAUUAUUUCUUCCUUGAUGUCUCAUCAAACACAAUAAAUCUCUCCUGUGAAUGCACGGACUGGACAGAGUGAAGCUAUCAGGUUUCUUCUGAUCCACCAUGAAGAUGUGAUUUCCAACCCUGGUUCUCCUUACCCACAUCACACUCUGACGUCAUACUUACCUAGCAUGCAAACCAAUCGGCUCCCUUUCUGCUGGAUCAGGGCUUGGAGUCCCAUAACUUUCAACAUAAAUUAUGAAUAGUAAUGAUGUUGAAGGUGCCCAGGGAUGAAAACUUUAGCAGUUCAUGCCCAGACUAAAGCCAUAUCCGGACAGUUCUUUAAUUCAUUUGAAUGAGGCGAGAAGCCAACACAGAGGGCACAAGCAAAAUACCUGCUGGGUCGUCUGGCAAAAAAAGUGAAAUCUGGCUCAACUUCUGCAGCAAAGAACAUCAUUCAGCAAGGCACUGCAAUCAAUUUUUCCAAGUACGUGUUAGCAUGAAUGGAUUAUUUCUGCUGAUUACUUCAAGCUCGUUGGGAGAGACAGUUCAUGGAUCUAUGCAUCAAGCUGGACUUCUUGGAUUUUAUUUCAUGUCCCCAAGGCAGCACUUAAUCACCAAAGGGUUGAUUUAACGCAGGGCUGAUUUUGCCCGCUAAUGGGGGCCUCUCAAAGGUGGAGGUCAGCGAUAAAGCCUCCGUCCUUUGCUUCAUUUCUGUUCGUGGAAACAUUGUUGCUUUCAAUGAUAAUGACUGCCUGCGCGUGUCCUAAGGUCUGUCACUGCACGGACAGGAAUGGUGUGGUGGUGCAGUGCACCUCACGCAACUUGGAGAGCAUCCCAACGAACUUGCCAAAGGACACGGUCGUUCUCCUGCUUUCAUCUAACCGGAUCAGACACAUCACAAGGGAGGCCUUCACGGACCUCCAUCGCCUCAGGGAACUGGACUUAUCACAAAACGCCAUUGAGAACGUGGAGGUCGGUGCCUUUCAAGGAAUUUCAGAGAGCCUGCGGACCUUGGAUCUUUCCAACAACCACCUCAGCGGCCUCCCAAAAGACACCUUCGCCAAGCUGCACGCCCGGGUCCGCCUUUCUAACAACCCCUGGCACUGCGAGUGCUCUUUGCAGGAGGUGCUGCGGGAGCUGAGGCUGGACCCUGAGACAGUGAACGAGGUCAGCUGCUACACGUCGGUGCAGGAGGAGUACGUGGGACAAUCUGUCAUCCAAGUCCUGGACUCUGGAAUCAACUUUUGCAACUUCCAUCACAAGACGACAGAUGUGGCCAUGUUUGUUGCCAUGUUCGGCUGGUUCUCCAUGGUGACCGCUUACAUCAUUUACUACAUCAAACACAACCAGGAGGACGCCAGGAGGCACAUGGAGUACCUUAAAUCCCUGCCUAGCACGUCACAUAUUAGCAAGGACUGUGACACAGCCAGCAGUGUGCUUUAAUGUGUUUGAGAAUGGAUGCAACUGUACCGCGGAUGAGAGGAAAUAGAACCGAUGAAUAUAAAUGGAGGUGUACCAAUGAAUAUGUGUGCUGCACAUAAGGAAUGCUGAUGGGUGACAGCUCUGGAGUGAGUGAUAAAACUCUGCUCUGGGAUUUAACUGCACAAGGAACAAACACAUUAGGAAGGAAGAGGUUCUCAACAAGUACAGGUUUGAAUAAGCAGCAGUUACAGUUUUAGAUUAUUAAAUAGUAACCUCAAAUAGGUGACCUGCUGGAGAACAGGUCAUUAUUUUCCUCUCAAAUGUCAUGUGUAAAAACAUCUUCAAGACUAACUCCCUUAAACUCCCUGAAGAGUAACCUCACAUCUCUACGAAGGGCUGAUAUUCAGAAGUGGUAAUAAAUUCAAGAAGAGCCUAUUCCUCCCACUUUAUAUUGGGAUUAUGUAUAUUCAUCUAUCCAUAAAGGAUCCAAGCCAGUAGUGCAGAUAAGGACACCUGCAAGGAAUUACAUUACAAGCUUGAGCACCUGUCACUCCACUUGAUAUUUUUCUAUAGCAGGUAAUAACUUUGUCCCUUUUGAGAGUGAAAACAAUCAACUCCUGUCAGAGAGGAUGUCAAUGACGAGUCUGUCGAAACAAAGGCUGUUGUUGAUUUUCACACUUUCAAUUAUCUUCUAAGUUUUAAUUAAUUGCUACUGUGUGAUGUUCCACGUUUAGAACAGUAGUUUUGUGAAAUUCCUACGUGCAGAUUGAAGGGAUCUUCAGCUUUUUUUUGAGUGGGGUUGUAUGAGGUACUUGUCAAUACUUAGUAUAUCACCUACAGGAGAUGUCAGUCAGCUAGAAGCCUUUAUUGAUAAACCAACAGGAGUACCAGCAACUUGAGGAACCAGGCGGAGAAUCAAUGAGGAAGCUAGGAUAUACACGGCUGCAGAUGGGGUCAGUACUACCAGGUAUUAGUAAGUACUAAUGUCAGCGUAAGUGCACUGUGUGCUUUAUUUUUUUACUUUGCUGUCAGAAAGCCACUUAUUUGGCACAGGUGCUGCUUCUAGAAAUAAUGCUAAAGCCAAGUGACAUUCUGACAUUUAAUUAAAGCACUGAUAACUUUGUAAAUACAGCGUACAUUCACACCAACAUUGGAGUAGGUGAGGUGAAUUAUGAGGUAGGACUUACCUGUCUGCAAUGGUUGAAAGCCGAGCUUCAGUGCCGGUCAUCCUUCUGGUGCCGAGCUGACCGGUGUCUCCUGUGGGUAACACACUUACUGUUAACAACUAAACCAAACCAAUAUGAUGAAAUAUAGUGGAGCUGAUCUAGAGUUGUGUUAAACACACUGGACUCCAACAUACUAGAGAAAUAUUCAGUGCAGAAGUAAAAUAUACUGCUAGGGUAAAGCAAUCUGUUGAAAAAUGUAAACUCCCUGAAACUGAGUUUCAUCUCCCGAGGAGUUCAAGUGAAAACAAACAGUUUAAAAGAGUUUUACUCAAGGAAACACAUUCUUCCUAUUUGUGCCUGGCACCUGAAAUCCACUGGGGCAAGACAGGCCAUUUAGCAAGGUUGUUCAAGCAAUAUUUCCUUCUAACUGUGAUACACAGAUUCAGGCAGAAUUGAUCAAAUUGGGAAAGGAAUGCAAAUGAUUGUGCUCCUCCAUCCACUGUUGUUUUGUGAGUGCUAGAAGUUGUAAUAGAUACUGGAUGGAGGUUCCAUGGUGCAUUAAAAUGAUGUAACAAAAGAGGGCCAGUCAAAACUCAAACAGAAGGACUUUUGACAUUCCUGUAUGACUUUUCCUUAAUUAAAGAAAUCCAAAGUUUCUACAUGUUUUUACUUCUUUACAUCAAAUAGAAGAUUUUGGACCACUGCCCUUUCUUUUGUUUUCUUUGGAUAGCCUGUGUUUGUGGCUUUUCCACUUUCAGCCCCCUCUCUAAUUAAGAAUAAUAAAAGUGAUGCAUUUUUAAUUAGAAUCUGGACUACCGCAGCUUUAUGUUUGUUAUGGUGCAUUUUUGUGGAUGCUGUAUUUACAGUUUAGCUGCUGCCCUUUUAUGGGUAUGUGAGCAUCCCAGAGGGUUGCUCAAUAAGUCUGAAACUGCUGCCUUGCUACUCCUUAUCACAACACAUUUAUUUUAUUCCUCACUCUUUGGACAAUAAAACAACACAAAACUUAA